AUGGAACAACUCAACUCCUCUGUUGUCCCGUCUAAUAUCUCCUCCUCUCCUGGACCUCCACCUUCUGCCUCCUGGGUCUUCACCGGUCUGAUCCGUGUGUUGGUGAUGUCCCUCUGCUUCCUGCUGGGAGUUCCUGGAAACAUCGCUGUGAUCAUCCUCAGACCAAACUGGCAGCACCUGUCCAGUCUGAGCCAGAGUUUGAUGCUGAACUUGGCCGUAUCAGACCUGCUCGGCCUGCUCACCCUGCCCCUGUGGAUUUACGCUUCACUGUACGGCUGGACCCUCGGUCUGGUGACCUGUAAGCUUCUGGCGUAUCUCGUGUACUGCAGCGUUUAUGGCAGCCUGCUGACUGUGACGGCGCUGAGUGUCCAGCGCUACAUACAGGUGGUGAAACUGCAGAAAUGCUUUGAUCAGGUAGGAAAGAAGAGGCUGCUGGUUUUGUUCUGGCUGAUUGCGAUGAUCCUGUCCAUCCCUUCUUUAGUGGUUCGUCAGCUGAUCACGGAUGAGCACUGGACAACCUGCGAAUCCUACUUCUCUUCCUCUUCCCAGCAGAUCGCCGUGCUGCUGACAGAGAGUCUGACCGGAUUUGCUUCAAUAACUGUUGUGGUGUUUUCAUACAUCAGCCUCCACAGGAAAGUGAACCAGGCAGCUUUCUUCAACAACCCACAGACGACCAGGCUGGUCACAAGCAUCAUUGUGACCUUUUUUGUUCUAUGGAUGCCAUACCAUAUCACAAAUGUGCUUGGUGUGGCAGCUAUUUGGCUAAAAAAUAACAGUCUGUUGAAGUCUUGCAUGGACAGCAUGUACAUUGUUAGAGCAUUGGUAUUUGUAAAUAGCUCCCUGAAUCCACUCCUUUAUGCAUUUGCUUUUAGAAACGAACUGUCUAAGCUGUGUAAAGUGGACCCUGAUCUGGACACCCAUCCUCCCCCAUACAGCCCUCCACUGACAGCACCAAUAGCCGCAGACGAGGAGGAAGAAGAGAAAAACCACAAGCCUCAACCUCAGCCUCAGGCCCAGUCUCAGGCCCUAAAGCAGGACCCUCCAGCUCAUCCGUCCUAG